AUAGCCACCAGCCCCUUUGGCCAGCCAUGCAGAUCCUGACCUGCCCCUCCAAGUUGAGGUUGCUUGAGACUGUGCUACAACGUCACCUGCCCCAGGCUCUUCCGGCCUACGGAGCUGUGAUGCACAUCAACCGUAGAAAUCCAGCUCAGCACGAAGUGGUGGUGGACUCUUGGCCGGAGUUUAAAGUUGUCGUUACCCGCCCAUGUAAGGAGGUGGUGAAAGACAAGCAGGAUUACUACGCCAACCUUCAUACUGCUUUCUACUUGGAUGUAGACGCCUGGCGAACACUGUUGGAAAAUGCAGAUGCCAUUGACUGGGGAAAGGCCUUUCAACUUCAAGGGCUCCAAGAUGGCGUAUAUGAAGCUGCCAAAGAUAUUGCAGAGUCCAGACGUGUCAAUCUUAAGCCAUACUUCUACCAGACAUCACUGCAUCCUGACCCAUCUGCCUACUGUCAGAGCCGGUACGAAAGUGGCCUCUUCUACUUGGGCAGCCUCAACUCCUCUCAUUCAUCUCUGCUCAAUGAGAACUGGAGUGUUGGGCGCAAUGAAUGGAGCCUGCGCUAUCUGGACAGCCUGAUCCGCAACUUCCCAAGUGCUUGCCUCCUGGACAAAGAAGGCCAGCUGGUUUCCUGGUGCCUUAGUGAUCCAAUGGGUUGUUUGACACAUGGCUACACCCUCCCUCAGUACCGAGGACAACGCUGUGUGGCAGCUGUGACAAGGGCAACAGCUGUGAAGUUGCACGCAUGUGGGUUCCCCCUGUAUGGUGGGGUUUUGGCAGACAAUCUGCCUAGCAAACAGGCAUUGAAGCGUCAAGGAUUCCACAUCUUGCCCUUGACAAAGUAUGCACUUUUCUUUACACCAAGCCUCCAGCCCACAAGAUAG